UCGCUACUGCCGCACGCUGUUCGCCGAAAGCAGCGAAAUAGUUUGAAUCGUGCGACCUUUGCGUUCAGACGUCGUCUCCCCCUUCAACGCUCGCCAAAGGCGGCGCGCAGCUAUAAGCACGUUAUUUGUAUCCGUCGGCGUAUCUGGAAAGGGUUUAUCGCGUUGCCGUUGACGUGCUUCGCUUCUGUUAUCUCGCCGGGACAGUUUUGUUUUUCUAGACAGCAAGGGAUCAACACGAUGAUUAGAUACCAUCAGCACGUUGUCUCCUCUCCUGCGCCUUUUUCGACGACGCUCCGCGAGGGAAACCGGCGCCACCUUAUCAGAGUGCCCAACGAUUACUGUUUGAAUCGCCUCGAGUCGUAAUCUCAGUCGCCGGGUGUUGCGGAGACAACGAGGCACUGGAUUCCAACCGCCUUUGAAAAGCAUGGCUUGACCUGAACGAAAGAAGUGUUCUCUAUCACGCAGUGGUCGCCGAACCUUCGCUACAGGCAGGUUUCCAUCUCCUGUUGCAACGAGAAGGUGAUACCAACUAACCCGUUACCAGGGGACCAGCUAGCUUAUCGACAAGCGGUUUGUCUUUUCGAUAGAUUAGCCGACUGACCCGACCGGAAAGACGCGAGGCUACUUAUCGUAAAUGAACUGAUUAACGGGGUCGAUAAACAGCCCUUCGUCAAGUCGUUGGCCGAGCCCUCGGGGCGUUGGAGUCCACAUGAACGUCGCCGCUAUAGAGAUGGCCCCUCGGAGCUCCUACACGUUGCUCGGCUAUUCGCGAGACCUGGACUGGAGGCCCACGAGGUUCGUGGGUCCCGUGCCUUCGGUGCGCGUGUGCAGCCUGUGCGGUCUCAUACCGGACGCGACGGUGCAGCUUCCCUGCGCUCACGUGCUGUGCCGCCUGUGUUUCGACGGCUCGCUCCGGCAAGGGGGCGUGUGCCCGCUCGACGGCCAAGGGUUCGCGCGCGAUGACGCCGAGUGGAUUACGCUGUCCCUCGAGAGCUUCAUGAAGAGGAAGGUACGAUGCUGGAACGACGUGAACGGAUGCGACGAGGUCGUCGAGGUGUCCAAGGUUUCCGACCACUUCAGCAACGAGUGCGCAUUCCACGCCACCUCGUGUCCGAAGUGCGCAGCUACGGUCCUUCACAGAGACAUCGUGGAGCACCUCAAGUCCGGGUGUCGCACCGCCGUCGUGCCGGGCACGGCUCUUCCAACCAGGAGCGAUGCCCAGAGCCAAUGCAACGAAGUCGCGGAACACCUUGUCAAGUCCGUGCAUUUCUCAGCCGUCGCGGCAGGUCCCACAGUUCCUAUGACCACGAGGGACGCCCAGAUCCAGUGCGACGAAGUCGCCGAUCAACUCAAGUCUUUACGCCCUUCACACAUCGUGCGGGUCGCGAAUGUUCCGGCUACCAUGGAUGCCCAAACCCAGUGUAGCGACUGUAACGCGAACGAACAGGCUGAAAAAGACUUGGAGGAAGCCAACGCGGCGCUGGCGCUCGCGUCUGCGCAGAAGGAAUCUCUGGAAGCAGACUUCAGGGAGCUCAAGGAACUCUUCGCUCAAAGCUUCGCCGUUCUCACGGCUAUGGAGAAAAUAUCGGUGGACGCCAAGACUGAAAGCUUGGAAAGUUCUGCAAAGCGACAUUCUUUGAAGCAUCGAGACGGUAAUGGUCCAUGUAAGCUGGUGGUUGCAGCCGUACUGCGCAGAAAGCACGCUAAGCUAUCGGAGAGAUCUGCGGAAAACCAGCUGGUCAGCUCCUUGGCCAGGCAGCUUCGCGAAUGCAUCGGCGAAGUGCUUAGGGCAUGGAAGGACUACCAGGCUCGCCAACUGAACCGCAGCGACUCCAGCGAUACUAGCAGUGACAAGACUGAACCCUUCCCUUCUCAGCAAGUUCCCGUCGCUUGCAGCGUCUGUCACGACUGGUGCGUGGCGGGCUACGCGGCGCUCAAAGAAGUGGCACUCAGGGAUGGAGCGACGGAUGUACCGAGUAGCCCCGGCUACUUCUUCGGCUACCGCAUCGAGCCGAUGAUUCGCUUCAAGACUCAUGGCAAUAGUCUCAGAAUGCACUUCGGUUUGCAGGUCAUGCGCGGCGAAAAUGACGAGCAGCUCUUGUGGCCGUUCCACCACUACGUUCGGCUCUGGCUGGUGGUGCCGUCCGGCGAAGCGAGCAGCGGCUUGCCGCUCGAGAUUGUGCCGGAGACGGUUGACGGCCGUCUCUACGCAAGGCCCGCCGAGGGCUCGCGCGGCAACGGACCCUGCCUGAGCACGGCCUCGGUCGACCUCAGGGCACUCGAAUCUGGAGGAUACGUGGAGAACGACAAACUGCGGCUGCGCUUUGAAGUACUGCCGUGAUGCGCGGCGUAACGGCGCUGACGAAAAACUCGGGCGACAUCCAUUAGUAACGACGGUGAUAGUUUGUUCGUGAGAUGAAGCGAGAGAGGUCGGUCCAGGCUGGAGUGCCUGAACGUACUGCAAUUAAACUGGACCAGGAUGCGAUAGCGAGGGUAAAGAUAAGUUAUAAUAAUUAUGAUGAUUAGGGGGAAGAGAAUAGCUUUGUAAAGGUAUAAUGCUAACCAGCACCCGAAAAGGACGCUUGAUUCUCCUCCCAGAUUGUCAACUGGUCCUUGAUGUCUCACAGUAGCCAAGAAAGCAACAGGGUCCAUUCUUGAAUGCGACGACUAACUAUAGCAUGUGAGUCAAUUGCUGAAUUUUCGGAAGCAACUCGUUGCUGCGCGGGCUCGGAAGACACACACGCUGCGCUGGCUAUAUCAACCAACAAGACAACUUUGCAAGUAUCGUUUGCUUAAUUCUGUAAUGACAAUUCUGCGGAAUAAUUCCUUGACCACCUGUUGUUCCGGUUCGUUCCCGCACACACUAGCUCUUGAAAAUAUCUGUUAAAUCACCAAGCCUAUGCAAAUUCUGAACACAGCACCGUAGUUCUCAGCUGAAUGACCAAGACCUUAGGCUCUCACGACUGUGGUAUUGGGCAGUGGUUUCCAGGUGACGAUUCCGCAUAAAAAUAUGAAGAAUGUGCUUCCACGAGGUUAAGGGGUAUAGUAGUGCUCCUGUUAGUAGUGGUUGUGUACGACGACAGUCGAAUAAACGCGACUUCUGAAUAAUCCUUGCUUGAAGUUUGAGCUGAUAUAACCAUGAGCCAUGUUUGAAUCGCGCAAAGGUUAUAAUGAAUGUAGCCGUGAUUGUCAUGCUGCCGAUAUUCACGUACUGGUAGUGUGCCUUUAGGAUGAAUAUUAAGGUCCGCGGCAGAGCACCUUCCAUUACUUACCGCCUCAACCUGUUUGAGCAUGCAUCAACGCCUGCGGUAUAACGUUCAGCCGGCCCCUACCUCCUCAAUGCAUUUUGCAUCCAUGGUCUCGUAUGUUGUUUUGUAUUAGGAAUUAUGAGAUACAUAGGAUCUAAAUGACCGUUUUAUUCAUGCUCUGAGAUCGAACCGGUUGCCACCAGCUGGCAAGGACGGUAGGCGUACCAGCUGCUAACUAGUAGCAUAGCAGUUCUCACAUCGAGAUCAUCUAGUUAAGUGGCUACGCCAUGCUCGAUGCGCCGGCACUUUACCAGAUCAUCCAAGACAAGCAGUUCGAUUUCUCUGAUUCAACGCGCAUGCGCAGACGUACGUCUUCAAGCGGAGUCAAGACGGCAUCAGGUGCUGUUCCGUCCUUUCAAACUGUGCCCACUCCCUCGAGAAAAAAAACUUCGCCAAUGAACUGAGCGUUCCGGCACUGAUGAAAUUGGGAACGAUCGCUGGCGAGAAUAAAUUCAUUUGUGCCGGUUGACGCAUAACAGCAAUGAGGUCAAAACAGCACAAACACAGCGCACACCAAGAAUACAGAGCACCAACAAGAGUACAGAGCUCCCGCUGUGUCCAGUGUUUACAAUAUUUAUCCAUUACGUGCGCAUCCUGAAAAAAAAAACAUUACGUCGUCAUUUACAUAGUUUUAAUUUUUACUGUGAAGCUCCGUAUGGCUAGUCUAAACCAAAAUUCGUCCGUCCUAUGUACGCAAUAACUCCUGGAGAAUAUGUGCCACAUAAAUUGGACAAGCUCCAGCGCACACCACUGGUCAAAUAAAAUUCGCCAGGCCUGCGCGGAACACGCAGCACAGUCACGGCGAAAGCUGCAACAGCGGCCUUUCUAGAAGACUCUCGUGGGUCGUCUGCGGGCAAAAAAAAAAGUAUCUGCCUCUGAAAUUGGGCACAUUCCUGUACUCACCCCUAAUCCACUUGGCGCGCAGGCGGCAAACAGCGAUUCAGAUUUGCGGACAGACGUAACCAAUAACCGAGAAAGACUGCGAAGAACCAUCGCGAUUAAUCCAGUGAUAAACACCGGGGACGCACGUUUCAGCUCCGCUGGUUAACCACCUCUACGCAUUUAAAAGACUCUACCUCGGGAUCUGUUUAAAUGACAAAGUUUCCCAUUGUUCCAACGUUGCUAAAACUUGCAUGGCGAUGCUUCUAUCGAAACGCUGCGCUACGCUACGCUAAGUAUACA